CCACCGCUAGUCCCAGCCCUGUGCUGACGCGUCCCUUAGUGCGUGUGUCUAAUAUCAACCAACGCCGAGCGCUUCUCCUAUCUGGCCCAGCGCCGGUGCCUAACUGAGCUGGCUAUAAAUCAAGAAAGUUCCCACCGAUAAGACUCGGCUUCAUCCCUGUUUCUGAAACCAUCACCAACACCAGACACUAUGGGUGUCAGACAGCUUCUGCUAUCGACCCUCUUGUGGGCCGCUAGCACCACCGCAGUGACAGAGUCGACGCCAUAUGCAAACCACCUCUUCAACACGAUCCACUCCUCCAUGCGACAAUGGGGAUCCUCCCUGCAACACAACGGCAUGUCCUUCUUCUUGGCGACCGUCCCCGCCGGUACCCAGUUCUACCACGGCACGUCUAUCGCCGAGGCUGUGAACGGAACGGAAUGGCUCGCCUUCGAGCCGGAGCAUGCCAUGGUCUUCGCAAGACCCCAUCAUCCUCCCCCAUCAACCGAAGAUGGCAAGAAAGACCUGCGGAAACGCGAGUUUGAAGCCGAAGAAGAGGAACAGGAAGAGCAAGCAGGUUGGCUACACACCUAUAACGCGGCCAAAGACCUGCGGCUGCUGUACGUCGAUGGCAUGGCAGCUGGCAAGACAUCCAAUGGAACCCUUGACUUGGAGGAUAGAGUCUUGUUCCGGGAUUCUCUACCGGACGGGAUGAUGAUGGGGGAGCGUGAAAGAGCCAACAUGUUUUGCCGCAUGGCGCGCGAGGAAUGGGAUGAUCGCUUGGAUGGUUUGCUCCGCAUGGAGGCAGGGUUUGAAGUGAUUCUAUGCGACUUUGCACGAGAUCUCAACGAGGUCCGUGUUACCCAGGCGAAGCCGAGUGCUCCGUUUCGGGGUCCGGGAGGAGGAAAGAAAAAGGGCGGCAACGCUGGAGACGGAGGACUGUGGUUUAAGGCGAUUGCUGCGCGGUAUGACGGAAUUGGAGGCAACCGGGUUACCUUGAAUUAUGACAGUUUCGUGUCCGCGUAUACCUAUGGACUGGACCUGUUCCACUCACCCAACGAGACAUUCACGUUGCCGCGGUUGAAGCAGUUUUCUGUCCAGGAGUUGGACCCGAUCAAGGACGGACUGAACGACCUCGUCCUGCAGCAUGAAGCUAAGGAGGCCUCGUUCAACUGGCAGACCAUCACGGACAUGGUGGUAGAGAGAUACGCGCGUGAGAUCCGCUAUCUCGCGUCCGGGAAAGUGUCGACAGUGGAGCAGCUCCAUGCGGAGAUUGACCUGGCCCUGGGGCCGUUUAUCGAUUACGGAGAUCGUGAUGGACAACAGGAGGCAGAGCGCUGCUCCAUGCAGUUCAUCCCUGGAGGCAAGUUAACGGAUGGUAUCGCUGCGACCGCAGUGCACUCGGUUACUCGUAGCAUUUGCUCGACGUUGGUGGAGGCUGGGCAAGAGACAGACUACAAGACGGCAAUCGGGUUCUUCCGGGACCUGAUGGAGUACCUGUCCUGGUCGACUUGGAAGCAAUGCAGCGGAUGCGGCGACCACGAGAUCUGCGUGGUUCCGAUCUGGCCGACGGGCACCGUAGAAGACUAUAACAAUCCGCAAUGUCGCGAUGCGUCGCACCCCAGCAGCGACGGCCAGGCCUAUUGGGGUGGUCGCGGUCCCGGAGGUCCCGGAGGUCCCCGUCCACCAUCUUCUUCCUUGUCUUCCAGCUGGAUUCAGAGGCUAGUCUCGUUCCUGCAGACGUUCCUUGGAGCAGCUCUGGGGAUGCAUUUCUAAGUGGAUGAGCAUAUUCCAAUUGACUUGUUUUUCGGGCACAGUAUACUCCGCUCAGGGGUGCAUGGAUCCUUAGCAAAUGAAAGCGAAAAGAAAGGAAAAAGAAAGGAAAGAGAAAAAAAAGCAAUUGUGUCGAGCAGCCCUGUUUAGAGGCUCGGGGGGAGGGAUUUAAGGUGACCGAGGCACUAUCGCCCGUGCUGGUCGCGCUGCUUGCCAGCGCCACUUCGAUAGUCGCUGCCGACCUGCAUUAAGCACCGCGCCGAUCAGCUGGGCCUAGACAAAGAAACACCACCCUCUCCCGACAGCCCACUUCUG